UAAAAUAGGACUUUUUUGGAAAAGAAAAGAACUUUGGUAACAUAGAAAUAUGUAGGGAAGAAGAAAAGACGUGGAGUGGAACGGUGGAAUAGGGUGUCGUGUCAUUCAGAAGCCUUCUCCUUCGCUGCAAAAUCAGAGGAAUUGCAAUGGCACUUUCGUCAAUCCAUAAUUCCUUAACCCCAUUUCUCCAUUACUAGGGUUUUACAGUACCGCCUAGGGUUUCUCCAUCAUCUUCAUUCUUAUCUCUUUCUCUCUCUCUUUCUCUCUUUCACUCUUUCAGUCGGUUCUGCUCUCUGUUUUUUUUUUUUUUUUUCUCUUUUUCUUUUCAGUAAUGAUCUUAUGUUCUCCCCUUCUCUCUCUCCCUCGUUCAAUUUUCUUCCUAAAUCCUGAAAUGGGUUUCGUGGAUUUAAGCCAAAAGGGACUUUUGCUGGCGGAUACUAAAUGUUGUGUUGAUUGUAAGACUACCAAAACUCCUUUGUGGCGUGGAGGCCCUACUGGACCCAAGGAAAUCUUCAUAUCAUCAAUUAAACAAACCUCUCUUCCCAUUUGGGGAUUCUUGCAGUCACUGUGUAAUGCAUGCGGUAUUAGGUUUAGAAAGAGAAAAAUAUUCACCAGAAGAACGAACAGAGGAGGACGUGACAAGAAGAGGGAAAGAGUUCACGACAAUCACUCCUCCACCGUUGCCAUCGUGUCAGCCACCACUACUUCCUCGAGUGGGACGACCAUCACCACCACCACCACCACCUCUGGCGUGGAUGGGGAUGAGAAUUCAGGGGAGUGUGGGUCAUCGAGAAUGAAAAUAAUGAUGGGAUUGGAGGAGGAUGUGAUGGUGGUGAAGAAACACCGAUGGCAAUGGCAGAGGAAGGUCGGGGAGGAGGAAAAGCAAGCAGCGGUGUCGUUAAUGGCGCUGUCGAAUGGCUCGCUGAUUUCCUGAGGAAGAAGAAGGUACAGAAUUAGGAUUCAGUAUUAUACUCAUCAAAGUUCUAACCUAUAAUACUAAUUACCAACCAGAACAUCACUUUGUUUUUUGUUCAAAAUUAAUGAAAUUGGAAGAAGACUAGUAAUUGGGUUUCUUUCCAAAAAAAAAAUGGUAGUUUUAGCAUUUAGGCAAUGAAGAAGAAGGACAUGGGGGAAUUCAAAAUGAUAUUUUGUGUAGUUGUAGUGUUGUUUCAUGUGUACCUAUCCCAAAUAAAGGAUUACAGAUUAACCCUUCUAA